AUGAAAGCCUCAAAGGGCAACGACCUACUCGUGGAAGUUUGGAGAGACUUUGUCACUCAGGAAGACGCCGCUGAGUCUGCCAAAUCCGGCGGUGGUGGGAAGAAGAAAGGAAAGUCCGGUUCUUUUAUGACCGUAUCUAUGCUUUAUCGAGAAUCGCUGAACAAUCUGAUGAACAUGCUUCAUAAGACGCACCCGCACUUCAUUCGGUGUAUAAUUCCAAAUGAGAAGAAAGCUUCUGGGGUGAUCGACGCCGCUCUUGUUCUUAACCAACUGACCUGCAACGGUGUGCUUGAAGGUAUCCGUAUUUGCCGCAAAGGUUUUCCGAAUAGAACUCUUCACACUGAUUUCGUGCAUCGCUAUUCUAUUCUUAGCGCAGAUGCGGCGAAAGCCAGUAAGGAUCCUAAAGUCAGUGCUGGUGCGAUCCUCCAGGCUCUGGUGAAAAACGAUAGACUUAAAGAGGAGCAAUUCCGAAUUGGCUAUACUAAAGUGUUUUUCAAAGCCGGAGUUGUUGCACACAUUGAGGAGCUUAGAGAUAAAAGACUCAACCAGGUGAUAACAGGACUCCAAUGCAGUAUUCGCUACUACAAUGCCGUCGCUGAGUACGACGCUCGUAAAAAGCAACUGAGCUCUUACAUAAUCUUGCAACGAAAUAUCCGUUCAUGGUGCGUACUUCGAACUUGGAACUGGUUCCUGUUGUUCGGAAAGAUCCGACCUCAGUUGAAAUGUGGUAAAAUGGCCGAGGAAAUGGCAAAAAUGAUGGAGGAACAGAAAGCGCUUGAAACAGAAGCUACUAAAGCCGAAACGGAAAGAAAAGCUAAAGAGGAAUUCUAUAAUAAGUUGAAGAGCGAGCAAAGUAGACUUUUGGAGCAGCUGGAGAGGACUAAAGGCGGUUCAGCUUCAAUCGAGGAAAAACUAUCAAAGUUAACUAGCUCCAAACAAGAACUCGAGAAAGGGUUAAAUGACAUCAAUGACAAGCUUUCAGGGCAAGAGGACAGAAAUACCGAACUGGAAAGACAAAAGCGGAAAGCCUUGCAGGAAGUGGAAAACAUGAAACGGACCAUCGAGCUCGUCGACGGAAAUUUACAGAAGUCUAUAGAGGAAAAGGAAGCUAAGGAAAACCAGAUACGAUCCCUUCAAGACGAGAUCAAAGCCCAGGAUGAAACAAUCGGUAAGCUAAAUAAAGAAAAAAAACAUCAGGAGGAGAUAAAUUGCCAAAUAGUCGACGACCUGCAAGCAGAAGAAGCGAAGCAAGCACAAGCGGCCCGUCUAACACAGAAACUAGAGCAAGCUCUUGAUGAAAUGGAAGAAUCUAUUGAACGCGAGCGUCGAAUUCGUGCCGAAACAGAAAAGGCGAAAAGAAAGAUUGAGAAUGAACUAAAAUCUGCAACAGAAACUAUAGAAGAAAUAAGGAAAAUCAAGCAGGAGGCAGAUACUUCUCUAAGAAAAAAAGAAGCCGAUCUGCAUGCCUUAGAAGUCCGAAUAGAAGACGAACAAACACUGGCUAAUCGACUCACCCGCCAAUCGAAGGAGAACGCUUCACGAAUCGUCGAAAUAGAAGACGAACUCGAACACGAACGUCAAUCACGAGCUAAGGCUGACCGUACAAGGUCCGAGUUACAGAGAGAACUUGACGAGCUAAGCGAUCGUCUAGACGAGCAGAACAGUCAGAUGCAAGCUCAACGUGAACUGAAUAAGAAAAAAGACUCGGAGAUUCUAAAGUGCCGCCGUGAUUUGGAUGAGCGCAAUGUGGCUCAUGAAGAUCAGUUAGCUGCUCUGAGAAAAAAGAACAACGAUCAGAUUGCCCAGUUGACCAAUCAGCUCGAUGGUCUGCAAAAAGCCAAAGUAAAAAUUGAGAAAGAAAAAAGUGCUCUGCAAAAAGACCUCGACGACAUUAAUGUACAGCUCGAUCAGGAUUCUAGGGCUCGAGUAGAGCAAGAACGUCUUGCUAAACAGUAUGAAAUUCAGGUCGUUGAACUUCAACAAAAAGUUGACGAACAGUCAAAGCAAAUAACGGAUUUUACUACGUCCAAAGGUCGUCUUCUCAGCGACAACGGUGAUCUGGCUCGUCAAGUGGAAGAGUUGGAGGCGCACUUAAACACCGUCAAUCGGGCUAAGGCUGGAAUCUCGAGUCAGCUGAUUGAAGCCAAAAAAGCUGCUGAAGAAGAAACUCGUGAACGUCAUGAAUUAAAUGCAACCUGCAAGAACCUUGAACAUGAAAUUGAGCAAUGUCAUGAGAUACUGAAGGAAGAGAUAAAUUCCAAGGACGAUAUUCAACGCCAGCUCAGUCGCAUCAAUUCAGAAGUUUCACAGUGGAAAGCCCGUUAUGGUGGAGAAGGCCUAGUGGGAGCAGAUGAGGUUGAUGACCUAAAAAGGAAACAAAUGGCUCGCAUAAUAGACUUGCAGGAAGCGCUGUCAGUCGCACAAAAUAAGGUUAUCUCGCUGGAGAAAGUGAAGGGACGACUUUUUCAAGAAACCGAAGACGCUCGCUCUGAAGUAGAUCGACAUUUAGCGGUGAUCGCUUCACUAGAGAAAAAGCAAAUGGCUUUCGACAAAAUUGUGGACGAUUGGAAACGAAAAGUGGACGAUAUACAGAAGGAGAUUGAUGCGACCAAUCGUGACUCACGUAACACGAGCACUGAGCUCUUCAAGCUGAGAUCCGCCUUAGACAGUCUAACUGAGCACAUCGAAGUCCUACGACGAGAAAACAAAAAUUACGCACAGGAGAUCCGCGAUCUGAAUGAACAGAUUUCUCAGGGCGAAAGGACAUUUAACGAUCUGCAAAAGGCAGUCAAACGCAUUGAGCAGGAAAAAGACGAACUUCAGCAUGCCCUUGAUGAGGCUGAAGCAGCUCUUGAGGCCGAGGAGGGCAAGGUACUACGUUCACAAAUUGAAGUGCAACAGAUCAGAUCUGAAGUUGAGAAGCGGAUUCAGGAAAAAGAAGAAGAAUUCGAGGUCACACGAAAAAACCAUCAGCGGGUUAUCGAAUCUAUCCAGGCGUCACUAGAGACCGAAGUAAAGAGUAAAGCAGAAUUACUUCGAGCGAAAAAGAAGCUGGAAAGCGACAUUAACCAACUAGAGAUCACACUUGACCAUGCCAACAAAGCAAACGUCGACACACAAAAGACUUUAAAGCGGCUCAUUGAUCAGGUGAAAGAACUACAAGGACAAGUCGAUGACGAGCAGCGUUAUCGUGAGGAAAUCCGUGAAAACUAUCUGGCCGCAGAAAAGAGGCUUGCCAUCGCACUUGCCGAAUCCGAAGACCUUUCGCAACGAAUUAACUCAGCAGAAAAGGUAUUAAGGACUUCCUAUUGG